AUGGGCAAGCACUUAAUAACUCACUUGGAAUCUCGAGAUACCGAUAAGAAAUUCUGCGAGGAGUCUGUUCAAGGUGGUAGCGCGCCUGAGGAUCAAGGUGAGGUUGCGAAAAGGGACGUCUUUUUCCUCACAACGAGUGAAAAGACCACCCUGUGUCUUCUGGGACCAGAAUCACGUGUAAGGACGAAAGGUAAAAAGCUUGAGGAACCUUGCCAGAGAGUCUUGUCGAGGCUCCUGGGUCUUGUACUCAUCAGCCUCCUUCUUGUAACCUCGAUGGUUACCGUGACAGGCGUUCCGAUGCCGGAACUCGGAAAAGUUAGCAAUUACGAUCAGACUUUCGAGAUGGAGCAUGUUGAUCGUCUUGGUAUCAAAGACGAGGAUAACGACGUCUUCGUGCCAACGUCAGGGAAAGGACGUCUCGACGAGAGAGACCUCGAAACGAUUAGGUCCAGCAUCGCGGAGGGUCUUGGCCUCGAAAGGAUACCUGAUCCUUCCAAGGCUAACAUCAGCCAAGCUGAGUACGUAAGGGCGCACAGAGACUACCUAUCGAGGGUACACACAAAUCAUGGCCAGGGGCAUGAACGGCGGAAAAGACUUUUCACAAUUCAUCCAUCAGAACACCAUGGAAAUGGAAGCUGUCCGAAUUCCCUGUUGGACGACAGACCCUUCGAAAGCCUCACCUUCCACAUGAACAUCCCCGACAGGACUCAUUCUACCGUCGAGCACUCUACUCUCAGGUUUCUCCUCGGUAGCCAAACCCAGAUCGGCACCAUCAACAUCCUAAUUUACGAACCUGUCACCAGUUCCUCCAGAAGAUUAAUCUCCAGAAAAAGAUUAAAUCUCGACGAGCCCCAGACUCCUCGAUGGGUCGAAUUUGACUUUACAGAAGUUGUUUCCAGUUGGCUUGAAGACGGCGAAACUGAUCUUUGUCUCCAGCUACAAUUCGUGCAGAAGGGUAUUCCUGUCCAAAGCUCCUUUUUCUCACCUGUGCUGAACGUCUUCACUCAUCACGAUCCUAGCAGAACAAGAAACAAACGAGGAGCUCACGACCAGUUGAUGUCCCUGCACAAAGGUCGUCGAACCGAGUGCAGAGGUGAUAGCAAAAAAUGUUGUCGACAUCAGAUGACAGUCAUCUUUAAGGACUUGAAAGGCUUCGAGUUCAUCAUCCAACCAAAGACUUUCGAUGCGGGUUACUGUAAAGGCAGGUGUCCGCCACGUUAUAAUCCAGCUCAUCAUCAUGCCCUCUUGCAGAGUCUCAUUUGGAAAGAAGACAGACGAAAGGCACCUCGACCAUGCUGUGCUCCCAGCAAACUAGCAGAACUCGAAAUUCUUUAUUUUGAUGAUAACGACCCUAGCAAAUUGAAAGUCUCCAAUUGGAAAAAUAUGAAAGUACUCGAGUGCGCGUGCUCUUGAGGAGACGCGUGCAGAAGUCUCUUUACCAAGUAACACCAAAGAGUCCUCAGAUCCGUUUGGGAAGCUCGCUUUUCCUUGGGAAAAGAUAUCCGUAUUCGAAAUCGAUCUAUACUGAUUCUACUUUUCCCCAUACUCUCACUGGGAUACACUUUUUCGAUUGGAUUGAUAGAAUAUCCAAGAUCUUGUCAAAAGAGAGGUGAUACUUGUUAAAGAAAUGCGUAUUUUUUUAAAAAAUUAACAUAAUUAGUAU